CCAGCCAACGAGGAGGUGGAAUUCGAGCGCAUUGCCACUGCAGCUCGUCCCGGCACCAGCAUCAAGACCGCCUUUCAGCCACGACCCAGCACCAGUCAACGGCGUGGCACGGCUUUGAGCCACUCGAGCGGCAGCACACGUCCCGGCUCGGCAUUGACACGCCCGGGCACGGCCAUCAGUCGACCGGGCUCCUCGCUAGGCGCACGUCCCGCCUCGAGAUGUGGCACCGCGUCCCGGGUGCGGGCCACCUCGGCGGCCGCCUUCAAUGUGGGCGAUGCGACGGCCGCGUUGUACCAGGCCUCGCGGCUGAAUCCCACCAUCUAUGCGGAGAGGGAGGCGAUUGUGAAGGCGCUGUUCCAGUUCCUCUACUACCACGAGGCGGACGUGCAGAAGGCGCAUUCGCUCUGCCAGGCCGUGCUCGAUGUGCAGCGCCAGCGACCAGGCCAGGCGGCACUAGCUCCGCCUGCGGAUGCCGCCCGCACAGACUGGUGGUGGCAGCAGCAGAUGGGCCGCUGUCUGCUGGCUCUGCACUAUCCACGCCGCGCCGAGAGCCAUCUGCAGCAGUCGCUGGCAGCCUUUCCGCAUCCGGAUACUUAUCUCCUACUCUCGCGGCUUUAUCAGCGUCUGCGACAGCCGGAGCGCUCGCUGGUGCUCAUCGGCCAGGCUGCGGAGCGACAGCCAUUCGAUGUAACCUUCAGGCUGGAGCAGGCACGCAUUCACGCAGCCAUGUCCCAGCAGGAGGAUGCACUGCAGCUGUACCGCCUGGCCGCCCGCCUGCAGCCCAUCAAUGUGGAGGCGUUGGCCAGCAUUGCUGUCAGCUACUUCUACGACAACAAUCCGGAGAUGUCACUGAUGUACUACAGACGCAUCCUUUCCCUGGGCGUCCACACCGCGGAGCUCUACUCCAACAUAGCCCUCUGCUGUCUCUAUGGCGGUCAGAUUGAUCUGGUGUUGCCGUGCUUUCAGCGCGCCUUGCGGAUGGCCACGCAGCCGGAGCAGAAGGCAGACAUUUGGUACAAUCUCAGCUUUGUGGCAUUGACAUCGGGUGACUUUAACCUGGCCAAACGCUGCCUACAGCUCUGCCUCACCGCCGACGCACGUGACGGAGCCGCGUUGAACAAUUUGGCUGUGCUGUCUGCCCAUGGUGGGGAUGUAAUGGGUGCCAAGUCUUAUCUGAAUGCGGCCAAGGACGUGCUGCCCGAGGCGAGCGAAGUGAACGCCAAUCUGCAGUACAUGGAACUCAACUACAAGCUUUAGAUCUGAGUUUAUUGUACACACGAAUAAAGCUACUGAG